AUGGCUUCUCCCCGCCCCUUCGCUCCUCAAGGCUAUCUUUCCAACGGCGCGACACCCGCGGGUCCGGCUCCUGGAGCCACGCCACUGCUCCCCAACAAUGGCCGAGUUAUUCAAUCGGGGCCCACCCGUAUUUUGUGCAUUGCCGAUGUUCGAGGAAACCUGAAGUCUCUGAAUGAUCUGGCGAGACAGGCUCGCGCAGACCACAUCAUCCACACGGGUGAUUUUGGUUUCUACGAUGAUACCUCACUCGAGCGCAUUGCAGACAAGACGCUUAAGCAUGUUGCUCAAUACUCCCCCCUUCUGCCAGAGAAUGUGAAGCGAACGAUUGCACAGGUCCCUCCUGCGCAGUCGAUUAAGCAGCGAUUCAACCCCGAUCAGCUACCCCUCUCCGAACUCCCGAUGCUCCUGGACAAACGAAUUACCCUCGAUGUUCCGGUCUACACAGUUUGGGGUGCCUGCGAGGAUGUUCGUGUGUUGGAGAAGUUCCGGUCAGGCGAAUACAAGGUUGACAAACUGCACAUCAUUGAUGAGGCCAACUCGCGACUUCUGGAUAUUGGUGGCGUCAAGCUGCGUUUGCUUGGACUGGGAGGUGCGGUGGUCAUGCACAAGCUGUUCGACAACGGCGAGGGCAAGACAACGAUUGCUGGUGGCCAGGGCACUAUGUGGACAACACUUCUGCAGAUGGGCGAGCUGAUCGACACAGCCAACCGCGUCUACGAUCCCUCCGAAACCCGUGUCUUCGUCACUCAUGCCUCGCCUGCUCGUGAAGGCAUGCUAAACCAGCUUUCUGUUACCCUCAAGGCCGACUUUUCCGUUUCGGCCGGUCUUCACUUCCGUUACGGCUCUUCCUACAAUGAGUUCUCGGUGAACCCUUCCCUGGAUCACUACCGUGGCAAGCUUGCGGCCUCCAAGGCAUCUUUCACCGAUGUUUGGGAGACUGUACGGGGAGAGGUGGAAUCGGCAAUUUCCUCAAACGAGGCCCAGAAGACUCUCCUCGACAAUGCGUUGGAUGUGGUCCAAAAGAUGCCUUCAAUCGCCAAUGGCGGCAACCCCUUCGGCGGCCCUGUCGCUGCUGGUAAUGCGGCCGGCCAAGUGGACGAGAGCGCCUUUAAGAACAUGUGGAACUUCAACUUGGCUGAUGCCGCCUUCGGAUACCUGGUUCUGGAGAUUGAGGCAGGACGCAUCGCGACGGAGAUGCGGGCUCAGGGCUUCAACUUCGCCCACCGCAGUGGCAAGCCUACUGCUGGCGGGCCCCAGGCUGUUGCUACCGGUCCCCCCCGCUACUACUGCCUCUCCUGCGCCCACUGGGGCUGCUGGUGGUCGGCCUACUGCCUCUACUCCUCAGUUCGGCCAGGCGCCUACUGCCCACGCUCCCCCUGCUGCUCAACAGAGUCAGAAGGCCCCCCCGCUUCCACGUCCGCUCAGUCCGCUGGAGAGGAGAAGGUCGCUGCUGACGCCAACGGCUCUGCUCAGCCCGAGAAGACCGAAUCCCCAGCUCCUCGUGGGGAAAAGAAGCCCAGCAACGGACUCUUCGUGUCCAACGUCGAUAACGAGCAGGCGGUGCGUGACUUGCUAUCGGAGGAGGACCAGGCCAAGGUGGUCAAGAUCGAGAAGUAUGGUAAAUUCAACCAUGUCGUGACAUUCCCGACUGUGGAGGACGCCAAGUCGGCUCUAGACCGCCAGCCCAUCGAGCACAAGAAGCCUACUCCCACUGGGCAACCUCGCAAGCCCAACUUCAAGUUCUUCGAGGACCGCGGCGCCCGUGCACAAGGCAAUGCCGGAACCUGGCAGGGCAGCAGCCGUGGUGGAGCUAGCGCUGGCGGACGUGGCUACCAGAGUGCUAGUGACAGUGAGGGUGCCCGCCGGGGCGGAUUCGGUAGUCGUGGUCGGGGCGAUCGUGGCCGUGGCCGUGGUGGUCGCGGUGGUCGCGGUGGCUUCAAGAGUGCGGGAGGCGACUCUCCUGCCCCCUCGACUCCCUCCGGGGACAAGCCUGCCCCUUCCGGUGAUGCUUAA